AUGGUUUUCUUAAUCGACACAGACGGAAAAGAUUAUGUUUUCACCUAUGGAAUCUUCGGUGUUCAGCACGAAGAACUUACCCUAGAAAAAGCAACAUCUAUCUCCACCCUCUACAAACUCCUCUCUUCAUCCGCCAAUCGUGUCGAUCACCUCCAAGACGAAAGUCACGGGCUUCCUCGCCACGGCCCCAAAUCCACAACUUUCGUUGCAUACUGGUUAUCCUCCUCUUCCUACAAAUUAUGGAAAGAAUCAUCUCCCGUCAAGGACUUUUGGGCCUCCUUACCUGCUGACGCGGGCGUCUGGCGCGAGGUAAUGACGGUCCCUAAAUCCCGCUUCAUGUUCGCCUCAAGCCAGCCCGUCCCAUCGGCAAUGGGAACAUUACUUCCAUUCAAACAGAGCAACGAUGAAGGAUACUGGGGCGUAUACCGUCAUCGACUUUCCGAGACACCGGAUUCUCACACCGAACCAUCAGAUACAUUCACCUCAUCCUAUAUCACUCCCACCAAGGCAAAGACUAACGAAACGAGAAAAAUCAUUGAUAUACCCAACCCUCGUAGCUCCAAGAUCAAAUUAGGAAGAGUCAGCAUCUCAAACCCUCCCGAAAACCUGAUCUUUGUCCGAGAAGGGCAGCGUCAACCUCACAUUCCUCCCGCGGAAACCGAAGCCUGGCUGAAGCGAAUAAAUCCCCACGCACAAUCGUGGAUAUCCCAUCUGGACACUGAGCGCAAUAAAAAUGGUGUCAUAGCAUUCACCACUCAUAUUGGACACGAGAAUCCCGCACCAGAAACUGUGAAUGACAAAUUCGACCCCAAAGCGGAUUUAGAGCUUGAUACUGAGGCUAUUGCUGAGACGAAUCAACUCGCUUAUUUUUUGGACUUGGCGCAUUUUGAGCAGGCUGGACGUUCGCAUAAGGGCCAUGUAGAGUUGAGGAAAACGGUUAUGAGUCUUUAUGGACCGGGUGGUCAGUUGGAGAAGGGAAAGGCGGUUUUGUUUGUGGAGCUGUGUGUUUUGAAGUCGAAGGAUUUGGAUGCAGAUGAAUUAUGA